AUGAACCCUCCGGAGCACUUUGACACUCCAAAAUGCUUUUACAAGGGUAUCCAGUAUGAAGAGGGGGUACAGUGGGUGGACAAGUGCCAGAAUUGCACCUGUAUCGCAGCCCCAGCCAUCAUACACUGCACGGAAAGCUGCCCUAAAUUCGACAAGCUACCUGCCCGGUGCAGAGUCGUGAAAGCCCAAGACGACAAUUGCUGUGGCAAACUACAGUGUGACCCACCACCAAUUACCACACCCACUCCUGAGUCAACUACAGGGUCCACUUCCACUGCUACAAUAACCACAACUAUACCUUCCACUUCUACUAUUGUUUCAAUCACGACAUUACCAGAACCAAAAUGUACCUACAAGGGUAAACUGUACAGUGGCGGUGAAGUGUGGGAAGACGACUGUCAAAUUCACACCUGUGUUGCUCCCCCGUUCUUCAUACAUAGCAAGCCAAGGUGCCACCCACUGACAUCUACUGGUGUCUUCAAUAACUGUAGGAUUGUAGAAGACCCAGCAAAUCCGUGCUGUCAAAAAACAAUUUGCGACCAAGCUACUGCAUCGCCACAGAUUUUGAAGCUGACCACAACUACGCCUCAAAUGAGUACACGUGCAGAGACAAAGCCAACCACUGCAAAAUCAGGUUCUACAAGCACAGUGCGACCUACUCCAAAAAUUAUCGCCUCUGCAACCCCAGGCAUGAAGACCUCUACUACUGAAUUAACAACCACUGUCACUAAAUCAACUGCUGCACCAACCACCAGCAACACAGAGCCCACAACAACUACUAUCAAAGUGUCGGCCACUGAACCCAAAACCACCCCCAAAUCCACCACCCUAAAACCUAAAACCGCCAGACCUGAACCUACCACUUCGACCAUCGCCUCAACCACUGCAUUGCCUGAACCAAAAUGUACCUACAAGGGUAAACUGUACAGUGGCGGUGAAGUGUGGGAAGACGACUGUCAGAUUCACACGUGUGUUUCUCCUCCGUUCCUCAUACAUAGUGCACCAAGGUAA